CGUCGAUAAACAGAAUGAAUACAGUAGGGUGGCUAGGUUAAAACUGGCGAUAGACAAGUUACAUUAAGUUGCCUGAGUCACACAAUACAUGACAAGUUUCGUAUGUUAAAUAUACUUUUACAACACUGAAACGACCAUGACAAGCAGUUCGGUUGGAGUGGUGAUUCUAUUCUGCCUCUUCUAUGUAAGAGAUCUACAAGCAGAAAGUAUCAGACAGUUUCAGACGUACCACGACAGUAAAGGUCCUACGUUCAAAGUGACGAACACGCCCUGUCAGCAGACAAAUAAUGUAACUGACGUCAUCAUAAACUGUAAAGGUCUGUCAUUGGAUCGUGUUAAUUCAAAUUGGUUUCCUCUAAAUACUACAGUUAUUUUCUUGGAUUACAAUCUUUUGACGGAAAUAGAAAACUACACAUUUAAAAAUUUAACACAGUUACGUUUGUUAAAUUUGAGUAAUAAUAAAAUAUACAAGAUGCAUACAAAUGCAUUUUCUGGCCUUACGAAUCUGGAAGUCCUAAACCUAGAGUAUAAUGCUCUGGAGUUUGAUAACAACAGCUAUCCAGACGGCAUAUUUUCUCCACUCAUUAAUUUAAUGGAACUCUAUCUGAUACAAGAACAAGAUUACAUCAAGAGUGAAUACUCCUCAUGUUUUCUUUGUCCACUAAAAAAUCUGACCACUCUGUCUAUAGACAGUGUAGGAGAAACGGUCAACUUUGGACCAGAGUUUAAAAGACUUGGUAAACUAACGAAUCUUUUUCUGACUGUUUGUUCCUACUACAUUAUUGAAAGUACUUUUAAAAACUUAAAUCGUUUGAGGCAAUUAGCUUUAGAUGGCGUCAGCUCUAAUUUUAGCAACAUGGCCCUCGCCUAUUUGCCUUUGUUAGAUAGCUUUACGUUCAGCAGUAGUAAAUAUGUGGCAAAAAAACAAGCCUUACAUAUCCUUCAAUCUCUAGAAGGAAGGAACAUGUCUAUGAUCAGAUUUUUUAGAGUUUUUGGUAAUCCCCCUGAAGACAUUUCCAGUAACUCAAUGAAUGAUGAAUAUUUGGACCUGUCUGAAAAUCAGUGGAUGGGAAGUAAAAUAGCUUUUUUAAGAUUACUUACUUUAAGAAACUUAGAGAAUGUAUAUUUUUACGGUGCUUUAGAAGAUGAUACAGGAUCAAAAUGCCUUGAUCUCACUGAUAAUGGAUUUCGUAACGCUACGGGAAAGUUUCAAGGUUUAACAGGACUUAAAACAGUGUUAUUUUCAGGAAACCAUUUCUCAGAUUUUUCACCUACAUUUUUGGACUCAUUUUCAACUGUCGAAAAUUUAGCUUUGUCAAAUUGCAGAUUUGACUUAAAUAGUUUUCAAUCAAACAGCUUAAGAAUUUUUAUGAAUUUAAAAUCACUAAGGCGUCUAGAUGUGUCUUUAAAUUCUCUGAGUUUUCUCGCACCAAAUACGUUUUCUACUAACCCCAACAUGACAGAACUUUAUCUGGUAACCAACAGGUUUACUGAAAUUCCUUUCAACCUUAAGCUGACACCAAAUUUGCGGGUACUUGACCUUAGGAAAAAUACUAUUUGGACAUUGGAGGAAGCCGUAUUAAUAGAACUUGAUGAAUUGGCUGAGAAAAAUGGACAAUUUAGUUUGCGAUUAGCUGGAAAUGUUUUAUCAUGUAGUUGUGAGAACUUCUAUUUCAUCAAAUGGAUUCUUACAACAAACGUAGAUAUAGAUUUUAAUUCAAAUUUGAUGUGUGUCAACGAAUCUGGUUUGUAUACUCAUCUAGAUAAACAUUGGAAUGUUGGUAAAUUUUGGCGUCAGUGUGUGGGUCAGCAAUAUCUAUAUGUCUCUGGUGUUAUUUUGUGUGUCAUCCUUAUAAUAUUGUUGAUGUCUUUUGUCGCCAUGCGGUGUAAGCUGUACAUUAAGGCUUGGUUUGCUCAGAUAUUUGGUACUGUACCACGUAGGAGAUUAACAGAUUUUCAAAACCACGUAUUUAUAGUUUCAUCUCCCAACGAUGACUUUGUUACAGUUUUAAGCAACUACUUAAAGCAAACUUUUUUUCUGAGAACUCGAGACUUCGGAGAUCUUGAGCCAAUGCGCCCAGAAAUUGACGGUUUGUUUGCUGAGAUCAACGCCACAUGGCGUAUAAUUCUGGUUGUAACUGUUGAAUUUUUUCACGACAAUAAUUUCCAGAUGCUCUACACCAUGGUGUUGAACAGUAUGUCACAUGACAACCCGGGAAAGGUGCUUCUACUUUAUGAAAGAAACGUACAGCUAAAUGUUGAUUUAAUUAACGCGAUUUGUGAAGAUAAUAUUCUCGAAGUUCCAUUAUGGCAGAUGACACCAAAUAUGGAUAAUUUUUUGUAUGAAAGAAUUUUUAUUGAUUACUAAAGUGUGUUUCGAUGUAACUAAAUAUAUCUAAUGUUUGUAUAUUAAUGUUAUUCAAAUUAAUAGACUUAAUUACAUUUUAGUGAAUAUAAUUGUGUAUGUGAGGUUUUUUUUCUUUUCAUGUAUAGGCCUAUAUUAAAAUAAUAUCUACGUUAAAAGUUUAUGAGCUUGGGUGUGAAUUCCUCACGAACAUACAUUAAUGUAUUAACUUUUUCGCAUAUUUGCAACGUAACACACGCAAAAUGUUUGGUUGAGCGAACUUUAAAACUGAAAUCAUGAAUGUCUACCCAGUGGCCUCGCUAGAUCGGUUGUCACCCGGUGCGGUCCGCACCCCCGCCUAGCAACGCCACUGUCUCUCCCCGUGAUCUAUUACCAGGUGAAUCAUGCAGGUGUAGGGAUGAGUGCCAUUAGGCGGAUUAUCGUUCUUGCGAACGGAGACUUUCUUUCAGAGCAAAGUUUAACUCGUAGACACAGAAAAUGUAUCUGCAAAAAGAGUUAACUAAUUAGCUUAUUUUUUCAACAGUUUUUUUUUCUUUCCAUUUUUUUUUUCGUUUGCUUAUAUUUUGAGUUUUCAAUAAUUCUACUUUGGUA